UGCUCUUUAAAUAGGUCCCCCGCAAACAAAAACGAGCCAAUUAUUGUAUAAGCGUUCCACUAAAUCCUAAACCAAACAUAUCAGCAAUUAAAGAUCAUAUUCAUUUUUUCAUUUGCACAGCAUGAGUACUCACUCCAUAGUAAAUAUCGACUGAGAUCACAGGCGACUUUAAACCGUGUCUUAAUCCUAACGUUAAAUAGGUGGAACGCGUGUUUCCUGUUUUUAGCUUAGCAUCACCGAUGCUGUAUGUUUUUUCGUUCACGACACAGCAGUAAAACACUGAUUUCACAGCUAUGGAUUCCCUGAACUUUGAGUCUGAGAUGGAGGCGGAUGGGCAGGGCAGUUACUCUCUGUUUCCAGCGCUGGACAGCAUGAGCAGCCUGACUGGAGCCGCCGAGAGUCUUGACCCUGAAACCCCCAGCGAGGUUGCAGAUAAACCAAACCUCACAUGGCUCGAUGCUGCUCAGAUUGUUUUGGAAGAGGCUGGACGGCCCAUGCACAUCAAAGAGAUCAAGCAGCGGAUCAUUGAUCGCGGACUGGUGCAGUCAAAUGCAAAGUCAAGCCUUGAGGCGGUCAUGUAUCGAGAGACGGAUGAAGAGAGACAGCAUGCAUUGCAGGCGUUCUCUGCCCAGUCGGCCUUUUCAAGUUCAGGUUCUGGCUCAUCUCUGGGACCCCUUCCUUCUCCAACGAGCCACACUGAGUCCAGAUCUAAAGUCAGGAAAGGUCCUCGCAAGAACCAAAAUGAGAAGUACCGGUUGAAGUAUAUCCGCCUUCGCAAAGCUUCUCGUGCCAUGAUAUUUGAAAAUGCAGCAUUAUAUGAUGAGAUUGCUCACCUGGAAGAAAAGUUUGUCAGGGCAAAAGAAGAAAGGAGAUUCCUGCUGAAGUCUUUGUUGCAGUAUCAGUCAGUGGCUGAAGGAGAGCCCGUGGUGACUCCUGGCUGCAGCACACAUACACCUGUCGCUCUGAGCUCCAGCACACCAGGUGGCGCUACUCUAGCAGGGAGUCACAGCCUGACCACUGGGCUCUCAGGACCUGAAGACAGCCUUUUGAAGAAACCCAAAAAAGAGCGAAAAGAGAGAGGAAGAGAGACCAGCAGGGAAGAACUCAUGAGGAAGAUUUGUAAGAAGAGGAAGGUAGCUGAGGGAGGAGCACGCAAGCUCGUGCAGCCCAUCUCGCUAGACUCUUCUGGAAGGCCACUCUUUCCCAUUGUGCUCGGUGGACUCACUGUUUAUAGCCUCGGGGAGAUUAUCACAGACAGGGCUCUGUUUCAUGAUGACACCGCUAUCUAUCCUGUGGGGUUCUGCAGCACUAGAGUUUUCGCCAGCAUGAAGAACCCUGAUCAGAAGUGUCUGUACACCUGCCAAAUCAAAGAUGGCGGCCAAGGACCACAGUUUGAGAUUGCUCCAGAGGACGACCCACAGAACGCAAUCGUGGCUUCGUCAGCCCUCACCUGCCAUGCUAACCUGCUCAAAGCCGUUGCUGCUCGCAGAGGCAAACCCUUGACCAGCGUUGUUCCAUCUGGAGCAGACUUUUUUGGUUUCUCUCAUCCCACCAUUCAGAACCUAAUCCAGAGCUGCCCUGGGGCUCGCAAAUGUAGCAAUUAUCAGUGGGUGCGUUUUGAAGUUUGUCGUCCUGGUGAUGGACAGGUGGCUCAUGGUCUUUCUGAGGACGAUGCAUCUGUGAACUUUGAGUCCUUUCAGCGAUUGCAGAGCUGUGAGGAGAGUCUGAGCAAUCAGGCAGAAUACAGCAGCACAGUUCGAGCCCAGCAGCCAAACAUCUCCUCUCACCUUCUGAGUCCAGCAGCCCUGCAGGCCAGUGUUGGGACGUCUCUCUCCAGCACUUGAGCUCAUUCAAACACCUCUGACAGAGAGCUUAAACCAAGGUUAGCUUUCAAACUUUCAAACGAUAAGCUCUUACCCAAACGAUUCCUGUUAAUGAAAUAAUUCCUACAUUGUGGUAAAGCCUUUUAUAAUAUUUAUAAUGUGAUACUCGCAUCUGCAUUAUGGCCAAGAAAUGCUGAAUAAAAUAACCAUUGGAUUGAGUAACAGUAGUCUAUUUUUAUAAUCAAUUCCACAACAUCCUUGCAAAGAAAAAUAAUCACUCUUAUUUUUUUCUUUUUUUUUCACUUCUUAAUUUGUUAUGAAAGGAAUAGUUCACUUAAGCAAUUUGACGAUUUCCUCAACAUUUACUCACACUCAAGUGAUUCUAAACUUUAUUAUCGGAAAGAAAAUUGAAAAAAUAUUUGAAAAUAGCAGCCAUCCAAAAAAAAUGGAUGCCUGUUCAACAGAAGAAAAAAAAAACUGAAGCAUUGUUUGCAGCAGCUAGAAGAUGGGUAAAUGGCAGAAUGUUUGGUUGGACUAUUCCUUUAAAUUGAAAUGUGGUGAUCCUUACUUUGAAAUACU